CAGGUCCGCCGCGUGAUGCCCCCCGACAGCUUCUACUUCUCCAUCGCCCGCGAUCCGGCCACGGCGGCCGAGUCGGCCUUUUCCUACUACCGCGCCGCCGUCCCGGCCUUCCGCCGCGCUCCGUCGCGCUCCGCCUUCCUCCUCUCCCCAUCCCUCUACUACCGACCCGGCCUCAAAGGCAACCACUACGCCCGCAACCUCCUUUGGUUCGACUUCGGCCUCCCCGCCGUCUCCCCGUCCAACGGCACGGCGGUGACGGCGGCCAUCGAGGCCCUGGACGACGUUUUCGCUUUGGUCCUGUUGGCCGAAUACUUUGACGAGUCGCUGGUGCUGCUCCGCCACGCUCUCUGUUGGCCCCGCGAUGCCGUCGUGGCCUUUCCCCAAAACGGCCGAGCCAAAAACGCCGUCCGCCCUUUAUCCGCCCAGGAAACGGAGAGGCUGCGGGAAUGGAACGCCUUGGAUUGGGCCCUUUACGUCCAUUUCAACCGUUCCUUUUGGAGGAAGGUGGCGGAGUUCGGCCCGCAGAGGAUGAGGGAGGAAGUGGAGCGGCUCCGCAAGCGACGCGACGCGUUGGCGAGGCGUUGUUUGAGGGGGGGGGGGACCCCUACCGGGACCCUCAUCACCGAUGGGAAGCUGAAACCUUUCCAACCCGGUCGUGGGGCGGCCGCCGUCGUCGGUUACGCUCUCAGAGCGGAUUUGGGGCCGGGGGAGAGGGAGAGGUGCGAGAGGAUGGCGACCCCCGAGCUGCAGUACAAGGACCGGCUGGAGAGGAAGCAGUUUGGGGGCAAUGGGACCGCGGGGUAGGGCCGGGCCAUGGGGACCCCAUGGGGAGAUGUGGGGCUCGUGC